AGGCCGCGGCCCUGAGCCCGGCAGAACCCGGCUGAGCCCCGCAAGCGCUCGGAGCCCCGAGGCCUCGGCCGCCUCCUAAACUUUUCAAAGUCGGCCCGCGGCCCGGCCGGCCUGGGCUCCGAGCUCGGCCGGGAGGAUUCCAGGGACCAGGAGGAGGACCCGGAGGACCAGAAGGAGGACCCGGAGGAGGAGGGGCCGCCGCAUCAAAGACACCGGCUUCCCGCGGCCCGGGGGCGAGCCAUGCGCGGCGGUCGGUAAUGUCAGCAGAACAGGACAAGGAGCCCAUCGCGCUGAAGAGAGUUAGAGGUGGUGACAGUGGACUGGAUGGGUUAGGAGGGCCCAAUAUACAACUAGGAAGCCCAGAUAAGAAAAAACGCAAGGCCAGCACACAGGGAGCUUCCUUUCCUCCGUUGUCUGAGUACGCACCACCGCCAAAUCCAAACGCCGACCACCUCGUGGCUGCCAAUCCCUUCGAUGACAGCUACAACACGAUUUCCUAUAAGCCACUGCCUUCAUCCAACCCUUAUCUUAGCCCUGGGUAUCCUGGAUUUGGAGGCUACAGCACGUUCAGAAUGCCACCCCACGUCCCUCCAAGAAUGUCUUCUCCCUACUGUGGUCCCUACGCACUCAGGAAUCAGCCACAUCCAUUUCCUCAGAAUCCUCUGGGCAUGGGCUUUAACCGGCCUCAUGCUUUUAACUUUGGGCCACAUGAUAACUCGAAUUUUGGAAACCCACCUUAUAAUAACGUACUGACACAGGACAUUAACAUGCCCAGUCAGCAUUUUAGACAAGGCUCUGCUGAAAACUUUAGUCAGAUUCCCCCGCAGAAUGUUGGCCAAGUAUCUAACCCUGACCUGGCAUCUAAUUUUGCCCCUGGAAAUAAUUCAAAUUUUAACUCUCCCUUAGAAUCGAAUCACUCGUUUAUUCCACCCCCAAAUUCGUUUGGUCAAGCAAAAGCUCCACUCCCCAAACAAGACUUUACGCAAGGGGCAGCCAAAACCACGAAUCAGAAUUCUUCCACUCACCCACCUCAUUUAAAUAUGGAGGAUCCAGUCAAUCAGAGUAAUGUCGAGUUAAAAAAUGUCAACAGAAACAACGUCGUUCAAGAGAACAGCCGUUCGGGCAGCGCGGAGCCCACCAACAACCACGCGAAUGGGACCCAGAACAAGCCCCGGCAGCCCAGGGGCACGGCUGACCUGUGCACCACUGACAAAAGCCGCAAGUUCUCCCUGCACCCCAGCCGGCACGGCCAUUCAUCUUCUGACCCUGUGUACCCGUGUGGGAUUUGUACAAAUGAAGUAAACGACGAUCAGGAUGCCAUUCUGUGUGAGGCCUCUUGUCAGAAGUGGUUUCAUCGCAUCUGCACCGGAAUGACCGAAACAGCCUAUGGGCUGUUGACAGCUGAAGCAUCCGCAGUGUGGGGUUGUGACACGUGCAUGGCUGACAAGGAUGUCCAGCUAAUGCGCACUAGAGAGGCCUUUGGUCCACCUGCCGUGGGCAGCGAUGCCUAAGCAUGGUUGUCAGCUAAUGUGGGUUCAUUUUUUCCCUGUAGAACAGAGAUUUGGUGACAUGGGAGUUUAAUGUUUGACAUUAUUUUUUUAAAUGCACACAAAAAUAUUACAUUUUAGUUCUUACUAACAUAAUGCUUCAUUUUAUUGUUUUUUGUUGUCUUAAAAUGAGAUUAAUGUGGGGGGUUGCUGUAGAGACAUCUAUAAAUAAAUGUUCAUUGUUAUUUAUCAUAAA